CUACAAUCGCAAACAAAACCGCCCUGCUCACGAUUGGAUUACCAACUUCUUUGAGACGUUGCAGUUUGUUGGUUUCCUAAAACUGCCUCGUGACGACUAAAGGCAGUCUGUGACGGGCCAACAUGGUGCAUCUGACCGUGGAUCUGAUAGCUAAAUCUAGAAGGCACUUGAGGAAGAAAACGGGCCUCUCUUUCCCAGAAUAUCUGCAGACCCUCACCCACCUGCACCUUUCCAGCAGGAAUAUUGAGGACAUUGGGGAUAUUUCCAUCUGUAGAAACCUGGCUGUUCUUUACCUGUAUGAUAAUCAGAUCAGAUACAUUUUCAACCUUGGCUUUGCCUCCAACCUCACGCAUCUGUACAUGCAGAAGAACAGCAUCACUCACAUUGAUAAUCUCUACAAUCUUCCCAAACUCUCCAAACUGUAUCUGGGUGGAAACAAAAUCGCAGUGGUAGAGGGUCUGGAGCAGCUCCGUGAGCUCAAGGAGCUUCAUUUGGAGAAUCAGAGGCUGGCGCCAGGGGAGAAGUUGCUCUUUGACUCCAGGACUCUCCUCUCACUGGCUGAAUCCCUUUGUGUCCUGAAUAUUAAUAAUAACAACAUAGAUGACAUCAGGGACCUAUCCGUGCUGAAGGAACUGAAGCAUUUUUCGGCAACUAACAAUAAACUGCACAGCAUUGAGGAGUUGGAAGACGUGCUCAGCCUCUGGCCUCAGCUGCUCUGUAUGAAUUUGAGUGGGAACCCGGUGUGUAAAAAGCCAAAGUAUAGAGACCGCCUGAUACCCGUGUGCAAAAGCAUCGAGAUUCUUGACGGAAGGGAAAUUAAUGAGUUAACCAGACAAUUCCUUAUAAACUGGAAAGCAUCCAAAGAAGCUAAAAAGAAAAGGCAGAACAAACGGCUGCUGCGUGAGCCACCCAUCGCCUGCCCUUUUACCAAUGACUUUGCCACGGGUCAGGGACAACAUCCUGGUCCCUUCUACGGCCCCCGUGACAUGCAGAGAUGGGAACUGCAGCCGUCUCUCAGGACACAGAAAUUGAGGAUUCCUAUGAAAGGAUUCCUUCAUCCUUCCGUCUCAUCGUCUAUCUGCAGUCACAUGAACGCAUAAGAAAAACCUGAAGUCUGCUGAAGUUUCCUUACCCCAAAUCAGCCGCAGUUGGGAGAAGUGAAGCUGGUGACUGUCAUUUGUAGCAGUGGAUCAGUUUUCUGUGCAUAUGUAGCAGGACAGGCAUCCACCUGGCAGCGGUGAUGUCCAUAGCUGCACAGGUUACAGCAGCAACCUUGAUAUAGUGGUUUUAGCUACAAAUACACACAUUGAAUAACACAGUUUAUUCUCUAAUAAUUUGAUUUGAACAUGGUUCUGUUACUGAAUUUGUCAUCUGGGAAUAAUCUGAAGACGGCAAUUUCUGAAACACCUUUAUUUUCAUCUCACUUUCACAGCUGCUUU